GAAACGGCCACUUGAUGAAGUGUACAAGAAACCAUUCCGCUUCAUCCAGAGGAAGGAUGGUAGCAUUGCUGAGGUACAAUUUCAGAAGUCAGACCUAGAAAACACGGAAGUUGUCAAUUUCAAAAAGGGUGUGCUAAGUGCCUUCCAAACACACAAUGAUGAUCGAGAUGAAGAAGAUGUGGACGAGACAGACGUACUUGGUGAACAUACUACUCACUAUAGGGUUACACAUUUUAACCACACUAAGAAGAUCAAGAAGUCAUACAAGACUAAUGAUGUCAAGAGGUUCGGCAACAAUGACAUCAACAAAGACGGCGUUGACGUCGAUGUCGAGGAAGAAUUGACAGUUGACGAUACAAAUAGAAUAACCGAGUCAAAGGGAGUCAUGAAGAUAAGAAUCAAGAGAAAUCCAGAGAAGGAAAAAAGAAACGCCGAGGAAAAUAGUCCUCAUACUAUAUAUGUAAGGGCGAAAGAUGUGGACCUAGCCGAUAACUUUGACUCCGACAACACUUUUGAUAUGAAGUUAAAUCAGGAAACAAGACGCUCAUUAAAUCGAAAAAGGCGUGUGGUCGAACUUGACACUAAACAAGGACAAGACUCAUUCGUUACAACUUCGCUACUUGGGGAUUUCAGCCAAGAAAACGCCAAGAGACACAGAUUCAAAAAACUUUUGGAAAUUAUAGAGGAACAAGGACUGUUGAAAAUCCUAAAACGAUUUUAUCAAACACCGACAGAUACUGAAAUAUUACGUCAUCUGAGAGAGGCUUUACAUCUCGAGAACAUGCUUAGUGCAAGACCUACGUCCUCCAAAGAGCAUCACAACAUUAACCCGAAGAAUGAAGAAAGUGUACCACGUGUCAGCUUGAUCAAUAGUGUCGUAAAGGAGACGAA